GUCCCGAGUGGAUUUUUGGGUCCCCCCGGGGAAUUUCGAUCUCCAAAAUUAUCCCCGAAGAAGCCCCGCCCAUCCUCUCUCCGCCGGAAGUGACGUAAAGCCGCCUCGAUGCGCUGACCAAUGGGGAGCCUGGGCCACGCCCACGAGGGGCGGGGCCAGGCGGGAGAAGAUGGCGGCGCCCGUGAGGGACCGGGAGGCGCUGCAGAGGCUGAAUUACCUGUUCCAGGCCGCGCAUUGGGCGCUGCCGCGGAGCCCGGGCCUGGCGCGGUUCCUGUGCAGCAGCCAAAGGGCGGCGGCGCGGAGACUCGUCCUGCGCAUGGCCCCCUCUGUCAAACGCCGUCUCUGCCGCCGCUGCUGCUCCCUCCUGGUGCCCGGGGCCGGGGCCGGGCUGAGGCUGCGAGGCCCCGCCCCUGCGCUCUGA